ACUCAUUUACCAAGAGACCAAGACAAUAUUUGGCGAUCUUAAAUCUGGGGAGAAAUGGAUGAUAGUGCAACUGUGGUGGACAGAGAUUCGUUGGCGAAAAGACCCGGUGUACUGAUUAUCGGAUCCUCCGGCGUCGGCAAACGAACCCUUUUAUCUCGAUUACUAUCUAUAGAUUUUGAAGAUGACUCGGACUCGUCUUCAGACAUUCUUGCUUACGGGUGGACAAUUAACACAAAGUAUUACACCGCUGAUGUCUCCAUGUGGAUGGCCCAUUUAUUUAACGAGUUUUCAAUCACUGGGACACCAAUGCUUAAUCAAGUAGCCGCAUUAGUGAUGGUUUUCGACCUGAAUAACAUGUCAUCAUUUUCGGAACUUAAGAAAUGGGUAUCCUGCAACGACAUCCGGAACUUCGACAUCUUGUUAUGCAUCGGGAACAAAGCCGAUCUAGUUCCAGGUCAUUCAGCCCAUAUCGAAUACCGAAGACAUCUACUAAAUCUCGACGAGUCAUCGGAAUGUGGUAUUUCUGAAACUGAAGGAAGUAGUUUACUUGGAGACGAAGAAUCUUCAAUGGAUGUUAAGCGGUCUUAUAUGGAAUGGUGCUUGGAGCAUAACAUAGAAUAUAUCGAAGCUUGCGCAUCAAACCCUCGAUUUGACAAAUGUUUGUCGGUUGAUGGUGAUUCACAAGGUGUUGAACGACUUCUCGGGGCUCUAUCUGCUCAUAUGUGGCCUGGAAUGGUGUUGAAAUCCGGUGAUACGAUAAAUCAACCUACGUUACCUGAACAAGAAGAUUCAUCGGAUGAAGAACCGAAUUACGAAUUCAAGUACGAAGUCUUAUCAGCCGGAUCUGUAGAACCAUGGGACGAUACAGACGUAUCAUGGGUUUCCGCAACCAACGACAAUACAGAACCAGAUCUCAAUAACAAAAGACCAGUUAACGUAGAUACGCAGCCAUCAACAUCACAAUCACAAGAAGAGAUGGAAACCGAAAGAGAAAAGGAAACACCCGAAGCACAUGAAGAAGCCGACGAAGGCGAUACGCAUUUCGAACUCGAGGAUAUGGAACAGUUAUUGUCUGAGAUCGGAAGUAUGCACGACAGUUUGAGGUUGAUGCCUGAUUUCCAAAGACGGGAAAUGGCUGCGAAUUUUGCCAUGAAAAUGGCGUCGAUGUUUGGAGGGAGUAGCGGUGAUGAAGAAGAAUAGAUUAGUAAAUGUUUCCGGUGAUUAUUAUUACAAAACAAUGCCGUUAUGCGCCUCUUGCGUUUAAUUGUUUCUGAUUAUGUUCAAUGGCCUUUAAAGACGCUGCAAAGCUUUCUUGUUCAUGGAGGCAGUUGAACCUGUAAAAAUAGCCUGUUGCUACAACAAGAUUAUAAGUCGAUGUUA